AUGACCGAAAGUACACUCGCGACUGAUUCCACCUUCAACAAGGAACUUGAACCUGGCGUAAUUAGCAAUGAAAUGCUCACCAAAGCGAUUCUGGAGCAAGGUCAUAAAGGAGAGGCCGGCCGGUUGGCGCUGUUGAAUCAAUUGCAUCUCGAGACCGUCACCGUCAUUCGUCUCGAGUUUCAAAGUAUCCUCAAAAUUGACCAUCUUUGGGUGAUGAAAAAUUUGGAAGUGCUUUCGUUGUCCUUCAACAAGAUUGACAAAAUCGAAAACCUGUCCCGACUGUCGAAGCUAAAGGAAUUGAAUCUUUCGUUUAACUAUAUCGAAAAAAUCGAAAAUCUGGAGAAGCUGGAAAAUUUACGAAUUCUCUCACUCUACGGCAACCGCAUAUCGCGCAUCGAAAACGUAGACAAGCUGGAGAGGCUGGUUAUCUUCAGUGUAGGAAGGAAUAAUAUUGGCACCCUGGAAGGUUUGGAGCGGCUAAGGUUUCUGAAAGACCUACGGUCACUCAACUUGGCCGAAAACCCUAUCGCCCAGGAUACCUCCAAACCGUUGCGCCCUUAUUUGGCCACCUUGUUGCCGCAGUUGAAGUACUACGAAUACGUAUUGAUCCGCCAGCACGAACGAGAUUCUGGCAAGGAGUUGUUUCAACGCGAGCUUAUCGAGAUCCUGGAAAACGAACGUGUAGAAAUAAUCGAACGUGCGAGGGUCGCGAAGGAACGGGACGACGAAAUUAAACUCUCGCAAAGUUUUGUUGAACAUUUGAAUGGCCACCAAUUGUUUGACACGUUGUUCGGGAACGACCCGGAGGGCGAAGCACUGUUGACCAUAGGCAGCGAAGCCUUGGAUUUGAAAAACGACUACCGGAACGAGGCUUACUCCUUCACGCAACAGAUAUACAGGACAGGUUUAGAGCAACAUGAAAAACGGCAAGCGGAAAUCGAGCUCUACAAUCGCUGUAUACGGGAUGAACGGAAGAAGGCACAGUUGCUGGGUCAAAAGUACAUCAAUAAUUUCAUAGAAUCGUACAACAAGAUGUCGGUUGCAGCGAAAGAAAUAGUGGCCAGUUUGAGAGGAAAAGACCUGAACAGCAAAACAUACAACCCGCAUACCGAGAAGCUGCUGGAUGAGCUGAACCUAUGCAAAAGCGGUUUUAACUCCCUGUUUGAGGACACGUGGCACACUUUGAUGGGAAUCGAAAUGCAGCUGUUUGAACGAACGGAGGAGGGCAACUUUACGUUUGAAAACACUAUUAAGGAAAUGACCAAUGAGUUCAUUGAGCUUGCACAAGCGCAGUUUGUGUUGUUGCGAGAGGCAGAGAUCAACUUUAGCGACACGUUGGUGGAUACUGUGCAGCAAUUUGUGACCAUUAAGGCUGCGUCCGGCCAGGCCGACAGACUCCCGGAUGCGUUGAAGGAGUCUUUGGACGACAAAGAUGUCAUAAGCAACAUGGCCGCAGGCAUGCGAGAUCAGCACAUGCAGUUGAUAGACGCUAGGGAAGAUAAGCUGAUAACGCGUAGCCGAAACUGGGUUAAGGAACUGUGCGAUGAUCUUCAGAAUUCUGAAAUUAAACGCAACCGGGCGAAAGUUUUAGAAAUAACAUAUUUUCUUGACCAACAUCGACAAACAUUCAUGAGCGCGUUCGAUGAAGUUGCCAGCAAGUUGGAAGUAUAAUAACACCGUAAUUUAUAAC